GAAUCCACACCCAAAAUAAUCAAAUUCACAAACCCACUUACUACUCUCAUCAAAACCUCAAAUUCAUCAUUGUUUGCGGCUGCUGACAGUGAUGUCUUAUGAUAAGGAGCUUGUUGCCGCCAAGAAAGCCGCCUGCCUCGCUGCUCGCCUCUGUCAGAAGGUGCAAAAGGAUCUAUUGCAAUCAGAUGUCCAGACAAAGUCGGAUAAAAGUCCUGUUACAGUGGCUGAUUAUGGUUCACAAGCAUUGGUUAGUUUUCUGCUGCAGAAGGAAUUUCCUACUGAACAAUUCUCAUUAGUUGCUGAAGAGGAUUCUGGAGACCUUUGCAAGGAUGGUUCUCAGGAAACACUAGAACGCAUUACAAAACUUGUGAAUGAUACUCUAGCAAGUGAUGGGUCAUAUAGCGUUUCUCCUUUAUCCACUGAAGAUAUUCUUCAGGCCAUUGACAGUGGCAAAUCCGAAGGUGGCUCCCAGGGCCGUCAUUGGGUUUUGGAUCCUAUAGAUGGUACUAAAGGAUUUGUUAGAGGAGAUCAAUAUGCAAUUGCAUUGGCCUUGCUAGAUGAGGGACAACUAGUUUUGGGUGUUCUAGCUUGUCCAAAUCUUCCUUUCACUUCUAUAAGUGGGGGAAAUCCAAAUGCUUUCAAUGGUGAAGUUGGUUGCCUUUUCUUUUCUGAAGUUGGUCAAGGAACUUAUAUGCAGUCACUAAAUGGUUCUUCCCCGCUGAAGGUGCAAGUAACUGCUGUUGAGAAUCCAGAAGAAGCAUCCUUCUUUGAGUCAUAUGAAGCAGCACAUUACAUGCGUUACUUAACAAGCUUGAUUUCUGAGAAACUGGGCAUAAAGGCACCACCAGUUAGAAUUGACAGCCAGGUAAAGUAUGGGGCUCUAUCCAGAGGUGAUGGGGAAAUAUAUCUGCGUUUUCCACGCAAAGGAUAUCGAGAGAAAAUAUGGGAUCAUGCUGCUGGCUGCAUUGUUGUGACUGAAGCUGGAGGCUUGGUCACGGAUGCUGCAGGGAUCCCUUUAGAUUUUUCCAAAGGAAAAUAUCUUGAUGUUGAUGCAGGCAUCAUCGUUACCAAUCAGAAGUUGAUGCCAUUACUCUUGAAGGCUGUUAGAGAAUCCCUGAAUGAGAAAGCUUCAUCCUUGUGAUUCUUUCAUUUGUAAAGCCGAUAAUGCUAUCCUGCUGCCAUUUAUUUUAGUCAGCAAAACUUACAUCUUGUAAUGAUAUAAAUGCGUCCAGGUCAUUCACUGUAUGAGCAUCAAUACUCUUGGUAUUAAAUAAAAUGGUGGAAAGCAGUUUCACAAUGUAGCAGUUAAUUCAGAAUACUACCGCCUGUACAUUUUUUUUUCUUUGUGUGAAAUUAUUCAGGUUUUUUAAAUUUGAAAUAAUGAAGAACCAUAAAAUGACUGUUAGGAU